AUGACGCCGCGAGCUCUGCCGCUGCUCCUGCUGGUGGGGGUUGCCGUCGCCGUUGUGGCGGGGUUCUCCAGUGGUGGAAAGGACCGCGUUUUGCUGGAUCAAGUCAAGGUGCUCACCUUGAAAGCGGGGGCCAUGACCACCGGCCGUCGCUCUAGCCCUGUCCCCCAGCUCAAGUGUGUGGGGGGCAGUGCUGGAUGCCGCGAUGCCCCUGAGCGGGUUCAAUGCAUCAAUCAAGGCUCUGAUGGCUACGACAUUCAGUGGGAGUGCAAGGCUGAUUUGCCUGCGCGUGUGCGCUUCGGCUCAGUCGAAGUGGUCUGCGAAGGCUACAGCUAUGCCGAUGAUCCUUACAUUCUGGCUGGCUCUUGCGGCCUCGAGUAUUCUCUGGAGUCGACUGGUGCUGGCCAGAGUGAUGGCUAUGACCGCCGCUAUUCCCGCUCCUACGAAGCUCGCCAUGAGAGCGGCGGCGGCCUGGGCAGCUUGCUCUCCAUGAUUGUUAUGGGAGCUUUGGUGUUCUUUGCGCUUCGCGCCUGUGCAGGCUCUCGAACGCCCACAGGCUAUGGCAAUGACAGCACCUUCCGCCCUGGUGGUGGCCCUGGUGGUCCCGGUGCUCCGCCACCCGGUUAUCCUCCCGGCGGCCCUGGCUGCAACCCUUCCCCCUCAGCUCCCCCCGGGACCGGCACCGGCGGUGGUGGUUUCUGGACUGGUUUGGGCGUGGGCGGCCUCUUGGGCACGCUCUUUGGUCGUGCUGGUCGCCCCCGCUAUGGAUAUGGCUACAACCAAGGUUACGGCUACGGCAUGAAUCAAGGUUACAAUCCUGGCUUCCAACGCCCCCGGUUCGGUGGUGGCUUUGGCGGCGGCGGCUUUGGCAGUGGUGGCGGUGGUGCCGGUGCCAUGCCUCGGGCGGCCUCUGCCGCAGCCUCGCAAGCAAAGACUGCUCCUGGUGGUGCUCAGGCUCUGGACUGGGAUGCCGAGAUGCGAAGCUACCUUACUUGCACUCAGACAGUCACAGAACUGGAACAACAAGGCAGCUUUACGCCUGCCUUACUUGCGGCCCGUCGCUGCGCCCAAGAGCAUCCUCGCACUCCACCUGCUUUUUACAACCUGGCGCACGCGCGCAAGCAAAGCAUGGCCUUUGAUGUGUUAAAUAACAUGGCCCUGGCCUAUGCCUCCACCAAUGAGCUUCAGUUUGCCGCCGCCAUGUAUGAGCAGAGCCUGAGGGCUCCCAACGCAUCGGCGGCAUGGGAGCAAGUUUUGACCGUCGCAAAGGUGGAGGAGCUCCUGCCCCUCGGACUCUGGGCAGCGGAGCAAAAUCAUACGUCAGAGGCCAUGACCUUCUUUCAGCGCGUGUUUGAAGGCGAGGCCUCGAGCAAGAUGCGGCGUGUUGCGGCAGCCAGCUUACUGGAGCUUCUCAAUGCCGGAUCAGAGCCCGAGCAAAAACUGCAGCGGGACAGAAUUCUCUCACAAGCCCUCACAAUGGGCUUGUUCCAACACCCACAACAGCGACCAGCCUUCCUGUACUCGCAGCCCGUGUUGACACAAGCGUGGCACGAGCCGCCCGCCGCGCAUGAGCGACUUGCACGUGAGUUGCGUGCCCUGGCGCCUGCCUUGGUGCAAGACGUCAAGGCACUGCAGCCCAUCGAUGCCCAUCUGACCGUACGUGACGGUGAGGGCUUGGCCGUGACCGGCCAGUGGGAUCAGCUGGUUAUGAUGCGCAAUGGUCACAUCAACCACCAAGUGCUCAGUCGCUUAAGCCAAAGCGGAGCCACACUUUUUCGCCUCCUCUAUCAAUACAGCCGCGACAUGCCCAAGGGUUCUUGUGAAAUCUCCUUUCUGGCCCAAGGCAGUGCCUUGCGCGUUGCCAACGAGUCUCGUGCAUGGGCCAACGGCGAGCUUUUGCUCUUUGACGAUAGCUUUGAACAUGAGGUCUGGAACAAUGCCAGUCAGCCUCGUGUGAUUCUGAUCUUUGAUGUGUGGCACCCGGACCUGGAGGAGCUACAGUUUGAAGAGAGGCGGGAGAGGCGGAGCAUUUGGGCUUUGGGCCGGGGAGACGCUAUGAAUAUGAGUGCCAAGGCAGCGCGGAGUCGCUUGGUAUUGCUGGGCACUGGCCCGUCAACCUGCGUGCCCAAUAUCGGCUGCCUCUUGGGACUACGGGGUGAACGAUCGCCGUGUGCCGUCUGCAAGGAGGCUCACACCAAUCCCAUCUCACGCAACAAACGGACCAAUCCAUCCAUGCUCUUGCAGUACAAAGCUGCGGAAGCAGAUGAGUAUACCAACAUUCUCUUUGACUGUGGCAAGACGUUUCGCAGUCAGGUGGAGCGCUUUUUCCCCAAGUUUGAGGUCAAGGGCCUUGAUGCUAUUCUCCUAACCCACGAUCAUGCCGACGCCGUGCUUGGCCUGGACGACCUGCGAGACUUGCAACGAUACGUUGUGGUGAAAAAUGAAGAGACGCAAGAGUCAACGUGGCAGGUGGAAGAGCCCAUGCAAGUGUUUUGUUCAGAUCAGACCUUCAACCGCCUUGGCCAAGCCUUUCCAUACCUGGUGACUGGCGAGUCCUCGCCACGCAUCACAACGGGCGACAAAUCCAAUGAAGAUGUGGAGGCUGCAGCGACGGCUGGAGCAGCAUCACCCUCUGAGGUUGUCGAUGCUCCCUCCCAAACAGGCGAGGCCUCGACACAAGCAGACCCCGGCCCUGUGAAGGCUGGAACCAAGGAACCCAAGCGCCACAUCUCCCAGCUCAAGUGGAACGUUGUAGCCGAUUUGGACGAGGAAUCAAAGACAGAAGAUGCAGCUUUCAACGUCCAUGGCCUCGAAGUGAAACCUCUUCGUCUUCACCAUGGAGGAACUUACCUGGCUCUUGGCUUCCUCUUUGGGGCCCACGGCACCCGAGUAGCCUACCUCAGCGACACCAAUGGCCUGCCGGCGCGCACAAUGCGCAAGCACACGACCCACUUUAGCCUCCCGCAGUCGCUCGAGCUGAUUCGUGAGCUUCGGCCCAAGCAAACUUAUCUAGUAGGCAUGUCACACGAGUUUAAUUAUCACAAGCACAACGCUCAGCUGGCCAAACUGGCUGAAGCCGAAGGCCUGAACGUAGCCAUGGGGUAUGACGGCUUGCAUCUGGACGAUCUGGCCCUGUGA